CAACACACUUUUUUUUCCCAUCCGCUCUUUUUUUGAAACUCUCUAACCACCCAACUACCUAAACGAAUACAAUUCGUAUCCUCGUUCUGAUCUGCCCAACAUGUCUAUCCCGGCUUUCGCUGAUAUUUCCAAGUCGGCAAAUGACUUGUUGAACAAGGACUUCUACCACCUCUCGGCCGGUACCAUCGAGGUCAAGAGCAACACUCCUAACAAUGUCGCCUUCAAGGUUACUGGCAAGAGCAGCCACGAGAAGGCCACUAGCGGUGCCGUCGAGGGAAAAUACGCAGACAAGUCGCUCGGUAAUACUACCUCUCCCACCAAUGAAGCUACCAACAAAAGACAUUCCCGCAGACGCCAACCGCGGCAAGAUUCACUUUCAAUGACAUUGUCGCGAAUCAAAGUGCCCGGUUCACGAGAUUUUCCUCUCGAAUUCACAAUCCUCCUCAACCAACAUGCGUCCAUGUUACUAAUGUUCUACCGACGCGCAGGCCUCACCUUGACCCAGACCUGGAACACGGCCAACGCUCUCGACACCAAGGUCGAGCUCGCAGACACCCUUGCCCGGGGUCUUAAGGCCGAGACUAUCUUCUCGUUUCUACCCGCCACCCAGAACAAGAACGUCAAGCUCAACCUUACGUUCAAGCACGCUGCUUUCCACGCCCGUGCUUUCGCCGACAUCCUAAAGGGUCCUAACGUUAACGUCGACGCCGUCAUCGGCCACGAAGGUUUCCUCGCUGGUGCCUCGGCCGGCUACAACGUCCAGAAGGCUGCUGUUACCGGUUACGCUGCCGCCGUCGGUUACAUCGCUCCUCAGUUCAGCGCCGCCGUCACUGCCACUGACAACCUGAGCGUCUUCGCCGCUAGUUACUACCAUAAGGUCAACAGCCAAGUCGAGGCUGGUACCAAGGCUACGUGGAACUCCAAGAGCGGAAACAAUGUUGGCCUCGAAGUUGCCAGCAAGUACCGCCUUGACCCUACCUCUUUCGCUAAGGCUAAGAUUAACGACCGUGGUGUUGCCGCUGUCUCCUACAACGUCCUCCUCCGCCCUGGUGUCACCCUCGGUCUUGGUGCCUCUUUCGACACCCAGAAGCUCGACCAGGCCACCCACAAGGUCGGUGCCAGCUUCACAUUCGAGAGCUAAAUGCCAUAUUCAAGAGAAGGAUUAUUUUCGGAUUUGUUCUAGACGGAUUCCCGGGAAGCAGAUGCCCAAUACCCCUUUCAUCCAUCCAUCCUCUUUAUCGUCACCAUUUGUACUACCCUAUACAACGUGAAAAUAGGUAGGAAAAUUCCUUCGCACUCGGGUGGAGAUCUCUCUUGAAUGUAGAUUAG